CUCUGCUGUGAGCAGCGAGACGUCCUGAGCACAGUCAUGGCUUCCUCUCUUCUCUUCGUCCUGCUGGCCUUCGUGGUCACAUCCGGAGCGACUGAACUCCGAGUCUACGACCUGCGCGCCAGUGACCUUCCCGCCGACAUCUUCGGGAUCAGCGACGCCUACGUCAAGGCCUUCUGCGGCCCCGGGAUCCUGGGAAUCACCGACGUCCGCCACAACAACAUCAACCCCUGGUGGGAUGAUGUGUUCAUCUACUACAACUUCCAGGACGGAGACGUGCUGCGGCUGGAGGUCUACGACGAGGACCUGGGGCACGACGACCUGCUGGGGGUCUGCAACAAGCCCCUCAAUAUGGGCACCCACCACUACAGCUGCUACCUGGAGAAGGGAGGAGUCCUCCACUACUCCUACACCCUCUCCUAGGCCAGCAGCAGCCUGAGGACGGCGAGUCCAGCCUGAUGAUUCUCCUUCACCAAUAAAGUCUUCAAGCAUCA